AUGAGUAGGGCUGGGAUUCCGAUACUGUUUCUCGUCUCGAUGUUCUUCGUGGCCUUGCCUACUCCACUGCCUAUAAUGCCACCAAGGCGAGAACUACCACCGCCCCACCUCCGUCCGCUAUGCGCUUCCCAACUGACCCUAGUGAACUUCGCGUGCGGAACGAUCCUGUUAGUCCCGUCGCCUUUUCAAUCGUCCGAUGCAACGGACGAAGGAAACGGACGUAGAAAUGGAACUAGAAGUAGUCGUCGAGGAGACGGAAAUGGCACGGGGCGGGAAGGAGACAGGCACAGGCACAAGCACAAGCAUAGGGAUAAGCCUAAGGGGAUCUCGCCCGAACAAGGCUACUGUUGCCGAUGGCUGAAGAUGGUGGAGACGGUAUGUGUGUGCGAUAUUCUAACACACUUGCCUCUCUUCCUGUCGUGGCCUCUGCAUCGAUACAUUGUCAGUGUCGGAGAAGCCUGCAGUGUGACUUUCUCAUGUGGAGGAAGACUAAGAUCACCAUGA